CUUCGUCCUCCUCCUCCUCAUCUUUGCCAUUAAUCUCACUUCAUUUUGUUACUGUAAGUUGUUGCGGAGGACCCCAUUGAGGACAAGCAGACUUUCCUUCCAGGAGCCCAACGGUUGCUGUUGGUUCUUGUGGCUUGUUGACUUUAGUGGGAAAAAGGGGCAGGAUGUCCAACAACAUGGCCAAGAUCGCAGACGCUCGAAAGACAGUAGAACAACUGAAACUGGAGGUCAACAUAGAGAGGAUGAUGAUAUCCAAAGCAGCAGCUGAUCUGAUGACCUACUGUGAAGCUCAUGCCAAAGAGGAUCCCCUGGUGACACCUCUGGCUUCUUCCGAGAACCCGUUUCGGGAGAAGAAAUUAUUCUGCGUGAUACUAUAACCCCCAUAUGUGCACGACAAAUGUCUUUGCAUUAACACUUUAUUAGCUAUUUUAAUGUGUGAAUUCAAUUUCAGCAACAAAAGUAGCUCUUUGGUGACUGACUCAACCUGAGGAAUGAUCAUCACUUCAACAUGAUAAUGACGGCAAUAAAGAUUUAUCAAAAA